AUGACUCCCCAAAAGACUGAAGAACCCCGAGGUUCUCAAGCCAAUGGCACUUCUGCGUCUAACGCUGUCCUUCACGAAUGCAUCUUUUCCUCUGGUCCUAUGUUUGAGGAGCCGGAGCAGAUGAUUGAAGAGCGUCUUGCUUCUGGUGAUCCCCAGUACGAGAAGGCCCUGGGAGAAUGGGAGACUGAAUCCAAGGCCAAAAAGGCAGGGGAGAUUGAUGAGGACCAGGAGUGGCUCGACUUUGUCGAUGACCUUACUGCGACAUGGAAAAACGCCGUCGAAUUGGAGACGAGGGCCUUCGAAGUGCAUGAGAAGGCUUAUGCACAGGAGAAAGAGGCUAUUGGAGAAGAGAAAAAGGCCGCUGAAGCAUUGACAAAACGUGCUGAAGAGGCGAGAAAGGUUGCCAUGGAGGAGAAACAGAAAGCCUUAGAGGAUCUCAAGGCUGCUUUCAAACAUCUUGUUUCCCUUCGCGCAAAGAAGAACGUUCUGCGGGAUGCUUCUUCGAGCGGAACUGCACAAGGCCGAUGCCAGCUAAUGGAUGAAGAGUACUAA